CACAUCAAAAGGACAGGAUGGGUAAAACGUGAUGUCAAUGAUCCAGAAACCAUCUCUGGUCAUAUGUACAGAAUGGCAAUGAUGGCAUUCCUUCUAGAUGAAGAUGAUAGAGUUAACAGAGAUAGAGUGAUGAGGAUCUCAUUAGUACAUGAUCUGGCUGAAAGCAUAGUUGGUGAUAUAACUCCUACCUGUGGUGUAUCAUCAGAAGAAAAACACAAAAGAGAAGUGGCUGCAAUGGAGCAUUUUACUAAGCUUGUUGGAGAAAAAGCGGGGAAUGAAAUGUUUAAUCUCUUUCUGGAAUAUGAAGAUCAGAAAACUCCAGAAGCUGUACUGGUGAAGGACUUAGACAAGUUUGACAUGAUACUACAGGCAUUUGAGUAUGAAACCGAUCAGGAGCGUCCAGGAACUUUGGAUGAGUUUUUUAAAUCAACGGAAGGAGUCUUUCAGCAUCCAAAAGUCAAGAAAUGGGUAGAAGAACUAUAUAAACAAAGAAAUACAGUGCUGAAUGGUGAUAAAUGUGAUUGACGAUAUUCAUGAUUUGAAAGAAACCUAAAGCUCUAAACCAAAGUACAGCACAGUAUCAUGGUAAGUUUUGCGUUGACAACCAAUGUAGACAGCAGAUUGGUGGCAAAUGUAAUCUGAUUGUGACAUGAUACUUAGCACUUCUUUUUUUUUUUUUAUUCGGAGGCAUAAUUAGUACAGAAGUGAUGCUUGCUCUGUGUAAAUGACAAAUUUGGAUUAUAACUAUGGUUUAUACUGUGCCUUUUUAUGUACACUUGUUUUCAUAUAUCUGAUGGCUGACUUCAAAUCUUUAUGAAUACUGUUUUGCAUUAUAUGCUGUCUGUUUCAUGUGAUACCGAUAACAUUCAAGAGAAAGUGGGAUGCUAAAUAGCAUGUACCUUAUAUGUGCUGUAGAACAUUUUUGUUGAAAUUUGCAGAUGUUACGGUCCUAAAAGUAAGUUAUAUAGUAAAUUAUUAUUUUUUUUUUUUUUUUUGGUAAUGUCAGGUAAGCUACAUUUUAACCCCUGUAUUCUUUACUUUGUUGUGCCACUGUCAUAGUACAUGUACUAUGGAAUAUGCCAAAUAUCUUGAAUAUUUGCUGGUUUAUUAAAAAUUGAACACAUUA